AUGAAUAAAUCAAAGUGUUUCAAAAAUGGGAUUUCAAGCGAACGAGCAAAGUUAACUUGCGCGAAGGACGGAGACGAUGACGAAAAGAGUGACGACUCCGAUAAACAAAUUGUCGUCGUCAACGGGACAAUUAAGUCGAAAAUAUUUUUAGAUUCGAGCAAGGCGGAAAAGGGGGACAAGAACUGCACCAGUUAUGCGCGCAAUGUCAAGGCUCCUGUUAGCAAACUGGCAAAAAAAAAAAAUGCAAACCCAUGUGGUGAUGCCCCACUGGCUCAAAUCAUAAGAAGGGAUAAUAAUAAUAAGACGGGUAACUUUAUUAAGACUGCUUUUACCUCUUCCCAAUUUAGAGGCCUACAGAGCGGUCAUUCGACAUCUACACCUAAGCAUCAGAAAUUUGUGCACAAAUCGGAGCAGAAAAACCACAUAGGAGGACCCCCCAAUGGAAAGAGAGAAUGUGCGGAUCACGGUUUCUUUAACGAACUCAUGAAUAGCACCUGCGUAAAUAAAGCAGAAGCCAUUGAUCAUACGGUGUGUGGUGAUCCUAGUGGGGGGGCCUCAAAUCAAGCAACGCACAAAAGGGACCUGUAUGAUGGGAACAAGAAAAAAGUCGGUAAAAUGUGGAAAGAUACCAAUUUUGACAAAGUGAAUGAGGAAGCUGGCUUGGAUUAUCUUCCUCCCUACUAUGAAAGGAAGUAUCCUCUGGAAGAACGACCAAGCCAUUCCACUCAACACAAUAGAGUACAAUAUCCCGGGGAAGAUGAUUCCCCUCUUCGAAGAGCAAACCGAGGUGUCCAGUUCGCACUGGUGGGUGAAGAAGGAGAAAGAGCAGAAGAAGACGCUUUUACGUGCCAUCAGCAUGACGAAGCCUCCUCGCCUGUUAUAAAAUAUGACCAAUUUGAGUUGUACGAAAUAGACAACGAGAUCGAAAAAAUUACAGAGGAGGAAAAUAAAAUACAAGAAAAGCUAAUUUAUUUGUCUAACCAAGAGCUCGACAUUGCUAUCAAGGUGAAGCAGAUGCGUGCCGCCAGGCUGCUCAGUCAGAAGAAGGGUCAACCAGUCGAAUGGGAUAGGGGCUGUCACAAUGUGGAUAAGGGGUAG